GCCCUCUUUUUAGUCUCCUGCUUGGAUUCCUCCUCACCCUGCUGUUUCCUUCUGCUUUCAGAGCCUGCCAAGUGUGACUGCUGCACCUUUGCUGGCAAUGAGUAUCAGUCUGUGUCUGGGAGGAUCUGAAACAGCGGAAUGCCACCACAGACAACAGCAAGAGCUUGGAGAUCGGAAUUAAACCCAGGAAAACACAAAUAAAAAGCCUGAAGAUCAUUCUUUAAGAAAAAAAAUGAAAACAAGUAGUCCUGACACAAGUGCAUGCUCUUCCCAUUGAAAAGGUUUGCUGAAGGUGCAGCUCGCCAGCAGCCGCUGCCCUGUGAUGCCUGGGCAUGCCUCAUGGCAGAGGUACCCGACCACCCCGCUGGAGCGUGGCACUUCCCUGUAGGGAGCUGGACCAGGCCAAACCCGGUUUGCAUGUAACGUCGCUAGACGAUGCGGAAUGUCUGCGAUCUAAAGAGCUCCUUUCGGCACCCAGCAGGCUCACUGCUUCUAACUCAAAGGCAACCCGCAACAUCCCUCGGAGACACACAGUAGGUGGCCCUCGCAGUUCCAAAGAAAUACUGGGAAUGCAAACCUCAGAAAUGGACAGGAAGAGAGAGGCCUUUCUUGAGCAUCUGAAGCAGAAAUAUCCCCACCACGCUACAGCAAUAAUGGGACACCAGGAGAGACUGAGAGAUCAGACGAGAAGCCCAAAGCCGUGCCAGAGCCCGCAGCACGCGUUGGGUGACCAGACAGAACACCUCUCUGAAGCUUCUGCUGAUUCCCUAGAGGCCAUGUCCGAGGGCGAUUCUCCAACGCCCUUCUCGAGGGGCAGCCGCACGCGCGCAAGUCUUCCCGUGGUGCGGUCGGCAAACCAGACGAAGGAGAGAUCACUGGGUGUUUUAUAUCUUCAGUAUGGAGAUGACACAAAGCAGCUGAGGAUGCCAAAUGAAAUUACAAGCACAGACACAAUCCGUGCCCUUUUUGUAAGUGCCUUCCCCCAGCAGCUGACGAUGAAAAUGCUGGAAUCUCCCAGUGUGGCCAUUUACAUCAAGGAUGAGAGCAGAAACAUAUACUAUGAAUUGUGUGAUGUGAGGAAUAUUCAAGACCGAUCUUUCCUUAAAGUUUACAACAAAGAUCCUGCACAUGCAUUUAAUCACACUUCCAGAGCUGUAAAUGGAGAUAUAAGGAUGCAGAGGGAAAUUGCUUAUACAGGUCGAGAUGGCCCCAGUGCUUCCCGCCCCGGCUCUGCCACGCACCCUUCUCACGCCAUGCCCAGCUCGCCACCCUCCACCCCGGUGCCCCACUCCAUGCCUCCCUCUCCGUCCAGGAUUCCCUACGGCGGAGGCCGGCCCAUGGGCGUGCCAGGCAAUGCCACCAUCCCCCGGGACCGGCUGUCCAGCAUGCCAGCCUCGCGCUCCAUCUCGCCCAGCCCCAGUGCCAUCUUGGAGAGACGAGACGUGAAGCCUGACGAGGACAUGAGCGGCAAAAACCUUGCCCUGAUCCGCAACGAAGGGCUGUACGGUGACCCCUACCUGUACCACGAGGGGAGGAUGAGUGUGGCUGCUUCCCACUCCGGACACCCCCUCGAUGUCCCUGAUCACAUUGUAGCCUACCAUCGCGGCGCCACGAGGUCGUCGAGCACGUACUGCACCCCCUCUCUGCAGCCCGAAAUGCUUGAGCAGUCCUUGUACAGACAAAAGGCUCGGAAGUACCCGGAGAGCCACUUGCCCACUCUGGGCUCCAGAACACCUCCCGCCUCACCCCACCGGCUGGCUGACGUGAGAAUGGUGGAGAUUCAUCCUCACCAUAGCGCUCACAUUCCCCCCCACACCAUCCAGCCUGACAGGGCUUCUCCCAGCCGCCAGUCCUUCAAAAAGGAGCCGGCACAGCCUGUCUUUGUGGAUGCCAAAGCGCGGAGCACCCUCGGCCUCUCGGGCAUGGCCGAGGCGGUGCCGUCUCCGGUCGACAAGCAGGCUUUUGGCUAUGGGUCACCCGUGAUGCCCAAGGACAAGGAGACAAGAGAGAGGAUACAAGCCAUGGAGAAACAGAUUGCCAGUUUAACUGGUCUUGUUCAGUCCGCGCUUUGUAAAGGGCCAAAUACAAGUAAUAGCAAAGAUGCUUCUAGUGAGAAGAUGAUGUUGAAAAUUGCGUCCAGCAAGGGCAGCAUUGACACUGCAGGUGCUGCUAACGCCUCUGGGGGGAAGAACGCGUUGGUAGCUGUGGACUCAGCUGUCAGCCACCACCCUGCUGCAGCCCCAUCCAUGCAAGUCAGCCUGCACGGGAUGAAACGCAACGUCUCGGACCUGCGGCUGCAGCUGCAUCAGAUGAAGCAGCUACAGCUGCAGAACCAGGAGAUGCUGAGGGCAAUGGUGAAGAAAGCAGAGCUGGAAAUCCAUGGCAAGAUGAUGGAAACAGUGAAGAGGCUGGAGGAUCCCGUGCAGCGACAGCGCAACCUGGUGGAACAGGAGCGGCAGAAGUACCUCAACGAGGAGGAAAGGGUUGUGAAGAAGUUGUGCGAGCUGGAGGCAUUUGUCGAAGACCUGAAGAGGGACUCCUCUGCUUCCAGCAAGACAGUUACACUGAAAGAUGUUGAAGAUGGAGCCUUUCUUCUGCGCCAAGUGGGAGAAUCUGUUGCCACCUUGAAAGGAGAGUUCCCCAUGCUGCAGAACAAGAUGCGUGCAAUCCUGAGGAUUGAGGUGGAAGCAGUGAGGUUCCUCAAGGAAGAGCCACACAAGCUGGACAGCUUGCUGAAGCGCGUGCGCAGCAUGACCGACAUCCUCACCAUGCUCAGGAGACACGUUACAGAAGGACUGCUGAGGGGUGUGGAUCCAUCCCAAGCCGUGCAGUACUCCACCACAGAAAAGGCCAGUGCAGCUGAUGCUCUGAAAAGCCAGGAGGAGCUCAAGCACGCCCAGGGACACGCACAGCAAAGCCCGACUGCAGUGGCGUCAGAGAACCAGGUGUCGUCAGUCAAGUCAGAAGUCAUCCCCUUCUCCACAAUGACAGUCCAUCACGUGCAGAGCUCUCCUGUUGUCAUCCAUCAGACUCAGCACUCAUCAGCCCUGGUCAACCAUGCCCAGGGCUCACCCACUGCAGCCAGCCACAGUGAAGGUGGGCCUGCGGGUGGCCACCUCUCAGCCACCCCACCAGCCCCUCUGCAAGAGCCCCCAGCAGGAUCCCAGCCUACACAAGCCAUGCCAGCACCACAGGUCUCUGUCAAUGGCACCACCAUGCAAAGUCUUCUCAUUGAGGAAAUCCACAGUGCAAGUGCCAGGAGCCGAGCUGUAUCCAUUGAGAAAGCUGAGAAGAAAUGGGAAGAGAAAAGACAGAAUCUCGACCACUAUAAUGGAAAGGAAUUUGAAAAGCUCUUGGAAGAGGCCCAAGCCAAUAUAAUGAAGUCAAUUCCUAACCUGGAGAUGCCUCCCCAGACAGCAGCACUGCCUAAAGGAGAUGCAGUGGAAAAGCUGGAAGUCUCAGAAGAAGUUCCUGAUGGAGAACAGGAUAAUGACAGACUGACCAAGUCUCCACCUCCUCCACCUCCACGGCGCAGUUACCUGCCAGGGUCAGGACUCACCACCACAAGAUCAGGAGAGGUCGUCUAUGCAGCCAGAAAAGAGGCUGCUGCUGUCAAGGAAUGCAGUGAAGAUGCUGGGCAAGCAGCACAAGCCAAAGCCUCCAAAGAGGACCAGGCAUUGCCUCGGAGCGCAGGGCAUGCUGUGGCAUCAGCUGCAAAGGAUGAUGAGGAAGAGGAAGGAGAUAAAAUAAUGGCUGAAUUACAGGCUUUCCAGAAGUGCCCUCUUACGGAUGUAAACUCAAACAGUCAUGCUGAACAGUCCAGAAAUGAUACACAUGUUAAAGACAUAAGGCCUGGGACUUUAAUGCAUCACAAGGAAAAGAAGGUGUAUGGGGCUACAACAGGAUCUCCCACAGAUAGUGACCAUCCUAAAGAGAAGAGGGAAGGGAAAACUGAAGAAGAAUUGGGUUGUGAUUCAUCCAGCACAGCUGACAGUAGAAUUGGCUUUUCACUGAAUGACAGUGCUACAUUUAGCAAGGGUUUGUUUGUAGACAGUAGAGACUAUUCUAAGAAAAACCUUCAGAAUGUGAGCACAAACCUGUCUGGUGUCAGUUUGCCAGAGGAUGACAAGAGAAGAGGGGCUCGAGAUAUUUUAGGAUCCCACUUUCCAGCUGUCGAAACUGGAAACCAAAAGCCAGACUACAGACCCUCGCGAGAUGCCCACCAGGGCCCGCUGCAGGGUGAAGCCUUGCAGAGUACAGGCAAGCAAAUCCCCAUCAGCAGUGUCACCCCUCACAGGAGGCACACGCAGGAGGCUGUGGGGCCUCAGCCUCCCUCGCAGGAGCAGGAAGCUGCUGCAGGCAGCUAUAAUCAGGUUGUGCUAAGACCCAAAGUGCCCAGAAGCAGCAGCACUGAAGAGACUGACUCUCCCUCGAGCUCUCCAGGUGAGGAGCACCCACCUACAGAAAACAUUGCCUUCAUGAUCACCAAAACGGCUGUCCAGGUCCUCUCCAGUGGGGAAGUUCAUGACAUAGUCAGCCGGAAGGGUGGAGAUGUGCAAACGGUGAACAUCGACGCUAGGAAGGAGCCGGGGUCGGAGGAGGGCAGCCUGGGGAGCACGGAGAGCGAGGAGCCGGUGGUGUGUCUGGACAAGAAACCUGUCAUCAUCAUCUUCGAUGAGCCCAUGGACAUCAGGUCAGCCUACAAGAGGCUUUCCACCAUAUUUGAAGAGUGUGAUGAGGAGUUAGAGAAAAUGAUGACAGAUGAGAAGAUAGAAGAGGAAGAGGAGGAGGAAGAGAAUGAAGCACAUGACAGCUCCAGCAGCCAGAAAGAAGAGCCACCAGUAGCUAACGGCAGAAGAGCAAGCCUCGAGUAUUCAGCAGCUCUCGCUCUGGAGGAGCGGCACACUGCUGAGCUUCAGCCUUCCCCUGAGCCUGCAGAAAGCAGACUGCCCGCAGAGGAGGGAAGCACAAACCUCGACAAAUACCGCCAGAUCUAUGGGCUAAGCACAGAAGCAAGCCUGGACUCUGCUGAUCAGUUUGGAAGCAGGCAGGACUCCAAGAAAAAGUUCAAGUUCAAAUUCCCUAAGAAGCAGCUGGCUGCUCUGACACAGGCCAUACGCACAGGAACCAAGACUGGGAAGAAGACCUUGCAGGUUGUGGUCUAUGAAGAAGAGGAGGAAGAUGGGACUGUGAAGCAGCACAAGGAAGCAAAGAGAUUUGAAAUCACCGGGACUCAAUCUGAGGACAGUGACAAAAGUCCUUCUGGGAAGCAAGAGGCCCCCCUUGGAACUGCAGGGUCCCUGUCCAGGACUGAUGAAAUUCGGCAGAGCACCUACCGGACACUAGACAGCCUUGAGCAGACCAUAAAGCAGCUGGAAAACACCAUCAGUGAAAUGAGUCCAAAGCCCAUCCCUGAAAACACACACAGCUCUGAGGGAAGCACUGUCCCCUUCUCUGCCCAGAUAGUAGCAGAGACCCCAGCCCGAGAGCUUGUAGUGCUGGACGAGAGCCUUGCUGGCAUAGAGCCCCCUCCGGCUGCCCCAGCCGCCUCACGUAAGGGCUCCAGCGCCACCUCCCAGACCAGCCGGAUGCCGGUCCCCAUGGCUUCAAAAAGUAGGCAAGGAAGCAUGGAGAAGGCAGGCAAACAGCACAAGCUGCAGGACCCCCGCCAGUACAGACAGGCUAAUGGAAGUGCUAAGAAAGCUGGUGGGGACUGUAAGGCUACUUCCCCUACCCUACCUGCUUCUAAGAUCCCAGCCUUUUCUCCCACUUCUGGGAAAAGCAGCUCAGCACCUGCUUCUAGUAGUGACAGCUCUAACCCUCUUAAUCCACCUACUAAAAGCUCCAUUCCUUCCUCUAACCUUCUGGCUCCUCAGACAGGUCGCAUCACUUACUCUACCUCCCUCAUCCCCUCUGUCUCUAACGGUUCCUCCAAGUUUCAGAGCCCCACUCACCCAGGGAAAGGUCAGCACCUCUCCUUCUCACUACAGACUCAGAACGGCCGGUCACCCCCUCCUUCCUCCUCUACCUCCCCCCCCUCCUCUACCUCUCCCACUUCACUGACCCAAGGUAUGAAGAGCAUCAGGACAAUCCACACCCCUAGCUUCACCAGCUACAAGGCACAGAACGGAAAUGCCAGCAAGUCCACCCCAGCCACCACAGCCAAGGAGCCAUCCUAAAGCUGAGCUCAGCACUCCUGCCAGCUCACCAAGGCUUUGUCUUCACUUCCAAAGAACCCGCAGCCAAUAUUUUAACCAGGGAAUGUAACCAAUUUGCUGUAUUGCUGGAGGCUUCAUACUAAUCCCGUGCUAAACACUGAGUUAUUGCCUAGAGUAGAGUGAAGCUUUUGGGGUUUAUUUUUGGCAAGCUCUGUUGCUGUUGUAAGGAUUCAUUCGGGAGCCUCUGCUCCCUGCAGGCAGCACUCCCAGCAGAGAGGGGUGCAGGGGUGGGUGUGAGUGGAGCCGGCUGUGCGUGCACAGCAGUGCCCAGAGCCCAGGGAGGUGCCUGGGCACCACGGGAGGCAGUUGUUUUGUACAAAGCUAUUUUUCAUUAUGGGGACUAGAAGCAAACAGAGAUCUACUAAAGUGUGGUUAUACACAACCUGUAAAACUGAAACUAAACUAUUUUGGGGUGUUUUGGUUUUGGUUUCUUUUCUUUUUGGGUGUUAUUUAGCUUUGUUACAGAUUUCUAUUUUUGUCAUGGUUCCUUUGCAGACCUUUUUUGCCAAAACAUUUUGAUACUAUUGUAAUGUACAUGUGAAAGGAGUAUGCUGGACAGUAAAGCCUCUUGCACGGAACGAGCCCACUCUUGGUGUGCAUGAGGCAACUCAACCAAUUAUUGCACUGCCAUUCAGAUUAUAUUUAAGAAAUUGCCAGCCAAGGAGGAAAAUAAAAACCUAAAUAAAUAACAAUAAAUUGUUUGAAUGCAUAGAGGUAGUUGCUGAUUAUUUCCUCCUCCCCCUUCACUAAAUCCACCCUUUUGUUCCUUCAGUUUUAUUUCACUGAGACCUGGAAGCCCAUCAAUGUAUGGCAUUGUGGAUUUUAACAAUGGACACUUCUGUACUCUUCUGUAUACUAGCAACACUAUUUUUUUUGUACAUAUCUAUAAAUAUCUAUAAAUAAAGAAAUACUGUAUGUGGCUGGGCACAUAGAGUAGUUUUACCACACCAAAGUUCAUUUUUAUGCAUGCCUAAAAAUAAGAUAUAUAUAUAGAGAGAGAUAUAUAUGGGGAAGGGGUGAAAAAAAGGUGGAUAUUGGUCAAAUAGAAGGGGGAAAAAAGGCAACAAGCUUGCAGAGCUCAUGGAUUUGUAAAUAAACUUAUUUGUAUAACAACCACAAUGUAAUAUACAGAACUAUGAUAAGCAAAGAUCUUGACCAAAAUAAAGGGCUGCAUGCUUAUA